AUGGCCCCCGUCCCGCCCCGUCCGGCGGUACAAAUAGCCCCCACACCCCACCCACUCAGCACCAUUUCACACCUCCUCGCCUCCCUCAGCUCCUCCCCGCUCUCAUUCGGCCUGUUCGACCACGCCGCCGAGAUGUGGAGCUCAGACUCCGACCCCGAGCUCGCCGCCGCCGCUGCCGUAGCGUCCUCAUCUUCCUCCUCGUCCGCUACCUCCCCGCCGCCGACCCCGCCUCCUGCUGCACGCCUUCUCCGCCAACGCAACCGCAACCGCAACCGCCGCCGCCGCCGCAAACAGAGCAGCGCCGCCAGCGCGGUCGCCGUCUCUGCCCCGCCGGUCAACGAGCCCGAGGCGGAGGCGGAGGACGUGUGGCGCGGGGCGCAGUGGGAGGCGGCGUGGCCGGCGCGGCGGGACCCGAAGCCCGUGGUGCUCGCGGCGGGCGGGGACGACGCGGUGGGGCGGUCCCGGAGCCUGACGGACGACGACCUGGAGGAGCUCAAGGGGUGCGCCGACCUGGGCUUCGGCUUCAGCUACGACGAGAUCCCCGAGCUCCGAGGCACGCUCCCGGCGCUCGAGCUCUGCUACUCCAUGACCCAGCGCCUCCAGCUGGACGACGUCGACAAGCCUGCGCUGCAGCAGCACGACGCCGCCGCCGCCGCCGCACCGGAUGCCUCCGCCGCGCUGUUGCCGCCGCCCGUCACCAACUGGAAGAUCUCCAGCCCCGGUGAUAGCCCCGACGAGGUGAAGGCGCGGCUCAAGUACUGGGCGCAGGCGGUGGCGUGCACCGUCCGCCUCUGCAGCUGA